GUGUUACAUCUUUUGUAUUAUUAUCAAAUAAAAUGGCAGCGCUCAUACGGUACGGAUUGCGGAGUCCCCGCAACCUUGGAAGGGCAGUGCUAUGUCCCUUCAUGAGCAAAGGCAGUUACAAUGGAGCUUUGUCAUGUACAGUGCCUAGAUUUUUGGCUACCGCUGCACAGAAAAAAGAUCAAAUUGUCACAGACAUUCACAGACGGCUUGAUUACAACAGAGGAGUCUCCUCUGACCUUUUCAAUUCUCUUUACACUACCCUGCGGAACUAUGAGACUCUGAGUGAGCAGGAUGCUGCCUUGCUACUCUACAUCUGUAGCACUGGGCCUUUCGAUGCUCCAACAGAGCGGAGACUGCAGCUUACAGAAGAAGUCUGGAGCAGGCUAGAGGAACUCGGUGUUGAGCCUUCAACUAAAUUAUACAACAUGAAAUUGAAAGCUUUCGGUGGUAAUAGCAAGCGCUUUGAACCACUUGAGGAACUGACCCAUAUGAAAUCUCUUGGACUGAAUCCAGAUAAGGUAACCUAUGGGCUUCUUGUGGAGGGAUUCUGUCAGAACGGAGACAUUGCUGGAGCACAUCUUGUGUUAGAAGCUAUGAAGGAGGCGCGGCUACUACUUGGUGUCAACAUUUUCAACUCAUUCAUCACUGGUCAUUUCAAGGCAGGAUCACCAGAAGAUGCACUUGGUGUUAUUGAUCUUUUAAAAUCCAGGGGUCUGUCUCCGAGUGCAGACACUUUCUUAAGGUUUGCAGAACACUAUGCAGAAGAAGGAGAUCUGAGUUCAGUUCAGAAGUACAUAAGUGAUGCAGAUGAGCAAGGGACACCACUGUCCCAUAUCAUGCUGCUUGACCUGUACAAGAUGUUUGUCUCGUCUGGUCACUCCACUCAAGCUCAGGAGUUCUUGGGUCUAAUUUCUGGGCGUGGAGUCUUUCGCAACAACUCCCUCCAGAAGUCAUGCCAGCUUAUUGCCGAGGGUUAUGCCCAGGAGGGCAUGCAGCUCUACAUGAUGAUGCCCAAAGUGGAGGACUUUAAGGCCGCGGUGCACGCUGGCAGUUUCUUGCUGAAGGCCAUGGUCAUCAAUGGUUAUAGUGCGGAGUCUGUGAUGGAGAUGGCGGACAAUCUUGUUGAGUUCAACCCAGGAUCUUUGGCUCACAGGAAUGCGCUAUUGUAUGCGUACAAGGCAGACAGAGCAGACUUGGCUGUACAGCUCAUAGAGCUAAUGCUGUCUAAGAACCAUACCCUGAAGGUACCACAUUUCAUCCCAGCUGUGUGCUAUUACAGAAACCAGGGGGAUGCAGCCGGUGCAUACAAAGUGACGUCAAUGCUGAUGGACUUGGAUGCCAGUGAUGCCAUCGAUGACACUGUGGAACAACUUCUGAACUGCUUUUACCCGGCUUUGCUAGAGCUGGGCCAGUCCAGGGAAGAUAUCUUAAAUAAUACAAAGGGAAAGGAAAAGACUUGGCGCUCUAUCUUUUUUCUCCGUGACCUACAGAAAGAGGGUGCCGAAGAAGCUUUGAAAAAUGCUGAGGGUAAGGACUUAGACCCGGAUGUGUUCAAGUACUACAACUUUUCCUCCAUCAUCACCCAGAGGCUGCCCCAGGAGUGGGCUCAGUGUGUCGAUGUACUGGAGUUUUUGGCGAAGAUUCCCGGUAUUGAUAAAGGUUUGGUGUUGAGUAAAAAUGAGGCUGUGGUGAGACAGCUUCUGUUCCACGGUGACCAGGAGAUUCUGGCCAAAGGCCUGACCACCAUGAAAGACAAGAACCUGAGGCUGAGGCAAAGAUUUCUGCAGAUCAAGUCUCUGACGGGGAUGCCUGAGGAAAUACAGAUGAAAGUGAAAGGCCUGUGUGUCGCACCCCAAACAGCCCCGCGCAGUCGAUACUUGUCAGCCGGAGAGCUGGAAGGCAUGACAAAAGAGGCUGUGGAAGAAUACCAGAAGCAGCACCCUGACCGCUUCUUGCCCCAGAGUGUGUUGUUGAACAAAGCCAUGGCACAAGGGAAUCUAGAGGAGUCAAAGCUGAAAUUGCGGGAAAUGCAGGCUUGUGGCUUCACCCUCAGCCUGAUUCAGACCCUGAAGAUUGUCUCGUGGUUCACACAGAUGGGAGACGUAGAAUAUGCUACGCUUUACUUUAAUGAACUAAAAAAUCUAACAGGGACAAGUUACAGAUGUACUAUCCCACUGAACAUAGCUGUUCUGCAACUGAAGAAUGGAAAUGUUCAGGGAGCUGUUGAUAUGAUUCAAGAGGCAAAUCAGAGCACAUUCACCAUGGACGAGAGGGGCGGGGUUCAGAGGAGGUCGGUCAUCAUGGCCAUGUUCCAGAAUGCUCCAAGUCUGAACGACGCCAGGACAGUUCAUGAGGCUCUGCUUAAGGCUGGUGGUCUCGUUCCAGAGUCAGAGACUAUGCUGGUGCAUACGCAUUACGUCAAAAAAGUGUUGGAAGGUGCUGGAGAUGCUGAGCUGAUGUCUCGUCUGGUGGAUCUGCACAAAGACCACCAUGUGUUCCCCUGUCUGGAGCAGGUCCUCACUCGACUUAUCACCAACCAGGAUGUGGAGAAACUCAAACUAGCCAUGGAUCUGGGCAUCAGUGUGCAGGGAAACAGCCUCUUACAUCACCGCCUGGCUGCCAGUUUUGUACAGGCCGGGAUGCCGUCCAAGGCCAUCACAGUUCUACAGACUCCUGGUUUGAGGAUCAGUCAGAACCAGCUGUUGGCAAGUUGUCAGUAUUUCAUAAAGUUUAAGCAAAUUCAGAACUUGGAGUCUUUGGUAGACAUUGCUAAGCACUUUCCUGUAAGCCGAGCAAUUAUGCUGAAGCAGCUGAUCAUUGGUUAUGUUGCUGCAGACGACAUGACCAAAGCACUGGAUGUCCUUCAGACGUUCAAUGAAGAAUUCAUCACACCCCACAAAGCUACAUUGAGUCUUCUAGUCAAUGCUUUGAAGACAAGAAAUAUGGAUAUACCAGACACACUUGAAAGUUUUCUCUCAAAUACAUCUUCAACCUCAACGAGCAACAUUGUAGGUGAGGAGGAGUCAUCAUCUUCAUCAUCAGAUGAAGGAGAAAGCUCAUCAUCAUCAUCAGAUUCUGAUAGAGAAACCGAAAUUCCUGGGAGCUCCUCACCCUCCAAAAGUCAGGGGUCAUCGGCCCAGAAGUCUGCUGAGGGAACGGAGAGUGGGAAGCCUGAGAGUAAUUCCAACCCAUUGACCACACCAAAGGACAAAAACCCUUCUCUUUAGAUUUAUUGAUUAAGGUGAUCAGUAGUCAAGCAUUUUGUUUUGAGUAGCUCUGGAAGUUUUGAUUUGUCAGGGAAAGUAAUUUAUGUUAAAAUAUGUCAUAUGUGCAUAAAGUAAAGCAUUUUGUGAAAGAAGAUUAACUCCCCCUAGUGAUUUGAUAAGAAACUACAGAUAUAGGCCUACAUGGGUUAAUAUUAAUAAAAGAUAAACCAAAUAUACGCCUGUUGGUCUCAGGAAAUCAGGAAUUUGUCGCCUCUCGGCCACUUUGAGUUUUGGUGCUUUUCUGAAAGCUUGAGUGUUCCUGAUUAUUUAGUCAAAAUUUUUCAAUUCUUUUUUAUUGGAUGAGCUAUUGCAUUUUGAGGUAACAAAAUGUGGAAAAGUAAGAACUGAGAAAAACGGAUUCAACGUUACACCAUUGUUGCUUUUUAAUGUCUGAAUGCAAAUGGAAAA